CACCCGCCCUGCGGGUCGCUAAUUGGCCCUAGCAGUCUUCGGGGCGGGGCUAAUAUGUGAUGGACGUUUUCUCUCCCCCUCUCCAUUUUGGGAAAAGCGUCUCUCCGCACACUCAAGGUUCCGCCAUUUGGGGCGUGGUCGGGCAGCUGCCAUCUUGAGUGUGGCUGAGGAAAUUUGCGCGCCAACUGUUUCUGCCAGAAAAUCUGGUUCUUGAAGGCUGGAGUCUGCCAGCAACUGGUCAUGUGCCCCUGCAGGUCUCCAGGUCUGUUAUCGCAUCUGUGUAAUGGGUAUAUAAAGGACCGAGUCCGACGCACCGACAUACUCUGAUUUCGUGAGCAGUGUGCCUUCACCCUCUAAGUCCACUUGAACCCUAGUCCCUAUGCCUCUAGGCCAGACCAGGAGUCCAAAGGAAAUUCAUUUUUCGACUUUUCCCAAAAUGAGGCUACACAAAUGUGGCGAAUAACACUGCUAUGAAGCAUUACAAAUACUUCUUCAAGACCCUGCUUUCAGUUCUUCGGGGGUACGUACACAGGAGUAGAAAUGCUGGCUCCUCUGAAAACCCUUCCCAGAGCCUCUCCCCAGUCAUGGACAGCCCCAGUCUUCGAGAGCUCCAACAGCCUCUGCUGGCAGGUGUGGGCUGUGGGCCCCCCAUCCAGAAGCCUGGUGAGCCCCAGCUGGGGCCUCCCUUUGGAGAGACAGCCUUUGCAGAGUCCCUGAAGGGUUGGCAGCUCCUCCCACCACCUCUUCCCACUGUGAGCGCUGGCCUUGGGGAGCCAGGGCCCCCUGACCUUGAGGAUGCAUCAUCCAGUGACAGCGAUUCGGACUGGGAUGGGGGCAGCCUUCUCUCCCCGCUCCUACCCCACGAUCACCUUGGCUUGGCCGUCUUCUCCAUGCUCUGCUGUUUCUGGCCUGUGGGCAUCGCUGCCUUCUACCUGGCCCAGAAGACCAACAAGGCUUGGGCCAAGGGGGACGUCCAGGGGGCAGGGGCUGCCUCCCGCCGCGCUUUCCUGCUGGGGGUCCUCGCCGUCGGGCUGGGCGUGUGCACAUAUGCGGCCGCCCUGGUGACCCUGGCCGCCUACCUGGCCUCCCGAGAGCCGCCCUAGUUGCCCGCGCGGCCCUCACUGUGAAUCAGGGGCCGGCACCAGGCGCGUCGGCGGGCAACGUGGAGAAUCCGGGUGGAUGAGGCGGCGGCAGCAGCAGCGGCCACCGCCUCCUUCCUGGCCGCCGCAACGAGAUUAAACUCCAGACACUCUCGCAGCCAAACCUGUGUCUGUGUGUGUAUGUGUGCGGGGGUGCGGAGACCAGGAAGGGGCAGGCUGUCCCCAGGGUGCUCCGCGACAACUCGGAGCUGGAGAAGGGGAAACCAGAGGGGCAGAGUGUUCUCUUCACAGCGCGGUGGUCCGCAGAGCAUUAGAGAGCAGGGCUCCAAGUGCUUAUUCCUCAGCUGUGUAACCUUGACCCAUGUGACCUCUCUGAGCCUCACAUCUUCCCGUCUGCAAAAUGGGGCUUUCUCCACACCUGGGAGCUAUGAAUGGGCCAUCCACGAAAAGGGCAGUAUCCCUCAGCUCUUUGCACAGCAAGCGGCUGAAACUCAGCUCAGACUGCUUUAAGCAUCAAAAGGCAAGGAAGCUGAAGCAGAACUGGACUCAGGGGCCGAAAUGAAACGAAGGCUCUGGUCUCUCAGCCUCCUGGCCCUCCUUUUCUGUUGGCUUCAUUCUGUGCAGGCUUCUGGAGAAGCGUGGUCCCAGGAACUCAGGUACCCCAGAGGUCCUCCUCCCUGGGGAUCCCUCACAGGGUGGCCCUGGGUGAGAGGCAGCCCCAUGGGAAUCACACAGCCAGAGACCCAGAGAGCUACAGCUUUGAGGCACUGGCCCCCUGGCCCCCACCAAACAGGCGCUGCUGGGGGCACAAAGUGCUCCCUAACAGGGUCUGAUAGAUCACCAAGUAAUAGCAUGACAGGCAAUUUACAGCUUAGUUUUCUCACUCCUGUUUAAUGCCACUCUGGAUCUUCCUAGAACACUUUCCCAUUUGGCGUUCUCUGGAGUCUCACAGGGCAGAAUUUCAAGCUCAAUCAAGACUUUGAUGCUUCCCCUUCUUGGUUACUGGGGACGAAAAUGACACCAGCUCCAAGGGGCAAUUGUGGGAACCGGGUGAGCUAGUUCAAGCAUGUGAAACAUGUGGCUGAGGGCCCGCCAGACAUAUAAUUUUCACUGUAAACCCCCAAAUGUCAGCACCCCAUAGAAUCUGGCGACCAUGUGGCCCAGCUGUGGGAGAGUUACUCCUUGUGGGAUGCGCUCAUGUUCUUGGCUCCCACCCACUAAAUAUGGGGGUGGGGGACACAGCAGUCAAAUGGCUGCUAAAACCUCCCUUCCCCGUAUUUCCAUACACCUGACCGACGGGCCUCAGCUGCUUCUGCUUACAGAUGGGGAACUGUGGCCUGGAGCGUGCUGGGGUCUCCUGGGCUUGUCUGAAUGGUGAAGGGCUCUGGGGCUGGACUCUGAGUAGAAGCCCCCUGCUCCAUCAUUAGCUAGCUGAUGACAUCUGGCAGCUAACUGGCUUCUGAGCUGGUUUCUUCUUGUAAGGCAAGGAUGCCAAGACCCACGAGGCCCUCCCACUGUGCAUGUUCCCUCCCUGACCCAUCUCCUCCCUCCCCGGUCCCUACUUGUCCUGCUCCAGCACACCAGCGCCACCCUGAACCUGAUCCUCCCUCUUCCACAGGCCUCCUCCUGGGCUUCCCUCGGAAGUCUCCCAUACUCCAUCAAGAUGUCCCUGACUGAUGUAUUAAAUUUGGCCUCUCCCAA